GCGGCGCACUCGCAACACCCCCGCGCUUCUCCCUCCUCCCUCCCUCUCGCUCUGCCAUGGCGGAGACGCUCGUCGCCGGCCUCCGGCUCGCGGCGUCCGCCAUCGCGCGUCCUCGGAGCCGCCGCCCCCACGGAUGCUCCUGCGCGGCGCGUGCCCCCCGCCUCGGCCCGUUCCGGCGCGGCAGGCUGCGCGCCCGGGCUGCGGUGGCCGGCCCGCCGGAGGUGGACGAGGACGAGGCGAUGAGCAUCGACAACCUCCGCCGCUUCUUCGACGUCAACGUCGGCAAGUGGAAUGGAGCCUUCUACGUGCGGCCCCCUACCUCUAGCAUCUCUCGUGGGCUUCCUUUGUCCGGAUUCGUAAUCCGCAGUCUAAAGACGCUGAGUUCGUGUGCUUGUGUUUCUGCUCGUCAGCAAUUCGAUGCGCAUGGGAGGGUGCUCCAGGGGAUUGGCACGCGGCUGUCAGUGAGCACCUACGGGGAGGACGAUCUAAUCAGCCUCCUACAAUCGCUGUAUAUCAAGCAAGCUUCUUCUCAGAUAUCGUUUGUAGAUGAGGAGGAUUCUGAACCAGAGUGGGUGGAGUACAAAAUCAAAGAGACAAACAUAUUCACUGUAGAUAAAUAUCAGCAGAUAGGAUACUUUCCUGAAGAGAAGGCAUUUGCUCUGAGGUAUCAGACUGCUGGAAUGCUGGAGACUGUCCUUCGGGCUGGUGUGCUAGGAGAGGAUGAUACUGGUGAAGCAUCCCCGAAAAACUUGAAGAUUCCUUCUCGCAAGCCAUCUAUUGUAUGUGAGAAUUGUCUUUACUCUCUUGAAGGCAAUGGUCGAGUAAGGGCAUUCCACAUCAUGGACCCAAAGGGAGUUCUCGACACACUUCUAAUUUUUCAUGAAAAGCAGGGUUCUCUAGUGCCACUUACAUAUUCUUCAGCUGAUACAGAUAUCGUCAAUGAUGAUAGAAUUGCUCCACUACUUGGAAGAUGGGAGGGUCGUUCUGUGACCAAGAGGAGUGGGGUGUAUGGAGCAACACUUGCUGAAGCUGAUACGGUGGUUCUCCUUGACAAGGACAGCAGUGAUCAGCUAAUUCUGGAUAACAUAUCGACAAAAUCUGGAACUAGGACAACUGUCCACUGGACAGGAUCAGCAAAUAACAACUUGCUUCAGUUUGAUGGAGGAUAUGAAAUGACCUUGUUACCUGGAGGAAUGUACAUGGGAUAUCCGUCUGACAUUGGUAAGAUUGUGAAUGAGUUAGAUUCUUUUCAUUUGGAGUUCUGCUGGAUGGAAUCACCUGGAAAGAGGCAGCGGCUUGUGCGGACUUAUGACUCAGCCGGUUUAGCUGUUUCAUCAACUUACUUUUUCGAGACUAAAGUAGAGAAGCUUUGCGAGGCGGCGCCAAUGGCCGAUCGGCGAGGCGGCGGCGGCGGCGACGGCAGCGGCAUGCGGCACCCGCCGUUCUCGUCGGCGGCGGCGGCGCAGGAGAGGGUGUUCGACGGCGGAGGCGGCGUGCCUGGGCCGGUGCCGGUGUACGGGAGUGACUUUGAUCAGGGCGCCUCUUACAUGGCGCUUCUUGCCGCCGGCGCCGGCGCCGUCGCCCCCACGCCGGCGGCGUGGGCUGUUGAUGAGGAGCCUCCUGGGAUUAGCUUGCCGCCUCAGUUCUCCAUGGCGAACUAUGCGCCGCCGUCGUACCAACUUCCGGCCUCCCUCGUCUCGCCACCACCCCUCGCCGCCGGCCUCCACCCUUACCCGCCAUACCUCCACGGAGUCGACGCGCCACAGCAAUGGCCUCCACGGCCAACACCGUCUCCCUCCUCCUCCUCCCUGCAGCCGCCGCCCAGCUUCACCGUCUUCACCGCCGGUGCGCCGCACGAGCAGCACCACAGCAUGCAGCAGCUGCUCCUCCGCGCCGCGGCGUUCGGCGGCGGCAUGCAGGCGGCGGCGGCGCCGGCGGCGGCCACCAUCGAGCAGCCGGCAAAGGACGGGUACAACUGGCGCAAGUACGGGCAGAAGCAGCUCAAGGACGCCGAGUCGCCGCGGAGCUACUACAAGUGCACCCGCGACGGCUGCCCCGUCAAGAAGAUCGUCGAGCGCUCGUCCGACGGGUGCAUCAAGGAGAUCACCUACAAGGGCCGGCACAGCCACCCCCGGCCCCUGGACCCCCGCCGCGGCAGCAGCCUCUCCGGCAUGGCCGGUGACAAUGCCGCCGACGGCGCCGGCCCUUCCGCCGAGGUGGACGACGACGACCCCAGCGACGACGACAUGCUGCACGAGGACGACGGCGGCGGCGGCGAGGAGGGCCGCGACAGGGGCGCUGACGGCGUCGGCGAGGCCGGGCAAAGGGUGGUGAGGAAGCCCAAGAUCAUACUUCAGACUACCAGCGAGGUUGAUCUGCUCGACGACGGCUACCGGUGGCGCAAGUACGGCCAGAAAGUCGUCAAGGGCAAUCCACGACCAAGGAGCUACUACAAGUGCACGGCGGACGGGUGCAACGUGCGGAAGCAGAUCGAGAGGGCGUCGGCGGAUCCCAAGUGCGUCCUGACGACGUACACCGGCCGCCACAGCCACGACCCGCCGGGGAGGGCUGCCGCCGCCGCCGGCUCCCUGCAGGUGGCCGCCGGCGGUGGCAUGGCCCAGCAACCCGGCGGCGGCGCUCGCCAGAUGAAAGAAGAGACAUAG